UAUUAUAGUUAUGAUAACUAAAGUAAUGUUAUUAUAUCGCUUCUGUAACUAUUAUAUAGUUAAAGUAUUAUGUAAUGAUCACAUUCUUGUUGUAAAAAACAAUGUUUUUCUCAGUGUUUCUCACAUGGAAUCCUUUACAUCAAAGAUCAUUUCACGAGAUUUAAUUAUUGGAGCAGCACGACAACAUUUUUGAUUACUGGGAACGAGUGCAGCCAUGCAUGGAAAGCGUUGGGAUGGCUUUGGAAACAACAAAUUCCUACAUCAUAUUUCUUAUGCCCCAACGAAUUUGACAACAAUACGAUAAUCUACACCAUGAAUCCUUUCGGCGAUCGAGCUCCUGAACCCUGGGAGAAAGUUGAAACUCUAAACAAACCAUGUGAUGUAUGCACAUUCUACAAAAUGUCGUUUAUUAACGACGCUGAAAUUUGUUCAAGUGUAACUUUUGAUAAAGCAGAGUUCUUAAACGGAUACAAAUUUUCCGAAUUUUUUACUGGAAAUAAGCAUUCACGAAAAACGAAAAUUUUCUAUGAAAAUUUAUGGUCAGCUAUGAACAUUACUCCUAUUGAUUAUCUUAGCGAGGCGUUAGCCGAACAUUUACAAAUAUCUACUAGCGAUCCAUUGCCAUUAGACUAUUCAGAGGAAACAUCAGAAAACAUUAUUCCAUACUUCGAGCAAGGGGGAUACGUUAUAGUGACACAAAAACAAAGUUUUGUACCAACUCUCGAUCAAGUUAUCGACAGUUUUUUUACUCGGGAAAGAAUAGUCAUGUCUUCAGUUGUUCUAUUAGUUUUUUUUGUAAUGAUGCUUCUCAACAACCGGUACGAUUUUGGAGCGACGGUUCUAGAUCUCGUAGCGUUUCUUCUCGACAUGAGAAUAUCGACUCCAAUUCUUCGACUCUCAAUGCGUAUCACUUUCAUGAGCGCAACGUUAUUUGCACUGAUUUUCAAUCCGGUGUUACAGGGGCAAGUGACUUCUCUCUUGAGUAGACCGGGACAUAGAAAUGUCCAAAGUUUGAGGGACUUACAUGAUCAUAAUUAUCACGUCUACUUUACAGUUUACGAUAUCGAAAACGAAUUACGUGACAGUCAACUAUGGGAUAAUGAUUCUUCUGCCAACUAUUGGCACUCGUUAUUUCUAGACUUUGAUCACGAUGCUUGUCUGACAAAUGUCAGAAAUGAUUCCUCUGCUGCUUGUAUAUUAGACUAUACCAGACUCGAACACAUUGACGAGAAUCUACACUAUUCGAAAGAAUUUUCCAGUAAAUAUCACGUUUUUCAGACUGACAGACAUUCCCCUUUAAAUGAAAAAAUCAAUAAGAUUGCACUUAAAUUGGUCGAAACCGGUCAUUUAAGUUAUGCUGAAAGACGUGAAUUUCAUAAGAUUUUGUUGGAACGAAAACGCAAAAUUGAAAGAAUCAAGGCAUUAAUAAACUCUAAUCAACUAGAUCUCGAGGAUUUCGAAUUGAUGUACAUUGCGAUGACACUCGCGACGGCGUGGGCAAUUAUCAUUUUUGGUAUCGAAGUUUUAAUUAAGAAAAUUUUAAAUUUCUUAGACAAACGUGCGAAAGCGUCGGAAAUAAGAAAAUUGAUGAUAAGAGAAACUAUUGCGUCUACCGUUAGACGAAUCGCUAUUAUCACUCAACAAUUGUAAUUCCCACUAAAAUAUCGCGUGAGUUUUUUUGCAGCGACAUAUUUACUUUUUGAUUGGCCUUCCGUGUUGAUAGCUUAAAAAUGUC